CAAUGCCCUUGUCAUGGAACAAUGAGAGGAUAUGUAGGAAACCAGUACAAAACUUCGCGAGUGGUAUUUUAUCCUGGAGCUCAAUACGAAGGCUAUUGGAAAAGUAGUCAUAUGUGUGCCCAGCUUACAGAUACAAUACCUCUUUUCAAUGCCAUACACCCAAAUGCAGUAGCUGUCUUUCUUUUUGAUCAAAGCAGCAAUCAUAAAGCCUAUCCUGAAGACGCUCUUUUGGCACAAAACAUGAACUUGUGUGCAAUUGAAGUAAAAGACAGUGACUCAGGCCAGGGAAAAUUUCGUGACAGCUCAUUUUAUGUCAGAAAGCAAUACGACUAUGCAGAACAGCAAAAAGUUUUUUUUCAAAAAAAGAGUAAUGAAGAAAAACUUAAAGAAUAUGAACAACGUUCUAUGUAUAGAAACGAAGCAGAGAGAUACUCUUUAAAACGUUCUUGCAAUAAUGUCGCGACAGCUGAUUCUAGAUGUUGUGCAAUCCAUAUUAUGGAGGGACAACCAGACUUUGCCAACCAAAAAUCAGCACUCGAAGAAAUAGUUGAAGGCAGUAGACACAAAUUUGAACUGUAUCCAAAAUACCACUGUGAAUGUAAUUGGAUCGAAAGAUACUGGGGAGCAGCCAAGAAAGAAGCACGACGUGAAUGUGAUUAUUCUUUUCAAUCAUUGAAUAGAAAAAUCAAUUCGUUUCUGGAUAGUGUUUGCCCACCAGAA